AUGGUUGAUCGCCAGGACCAUUUUUCUGCACCGGACAAGGCGAUCGCUGCAGCGACCGGUCGCGAGGAGAUUCUCACCCCACCAGCUGCCUGUCACACAGCUCAACGACCUCAUCGCGACGAUGAUGACGACGACGCCAGAAGCACUGAUAACGACCUGGAUGCCCUCGAGCUCCGCAAUAUAGCCACCCAAGAUGACGAUGAGGCCGGCUUCUCAACCGAAUCGAUCUCCUCGGGCGAAUAUCGUAUCCGCACACAUCGGACCGUUUCCCGCACCACUCAUUCCAACCGGGAGGACACAAGCAAGGGGUUGACGGGACGAAUCCGUCGCUUCUGGACGCGAAAUGUGGUGUUGACGGUGCCGCAGAAGAGUAAUCGGGAUCAUUUCGCUUUAGAGCGAACUUUCUUAGCUUACAUUCGUACAUCAGUCAUGGUCGCUAUGCAAGGUGUGCUGAUCGCCCAAUUAUUUCGACUCCAGCAUUUAGCUUCGCCGGAUCCAGCAUUGGGGUUCUAUGAAGUGGGGGUCCCCCUGGCGGUUAGCUGUUAUAGCGUGGCAAUUCUGAUAGCUGCCAUGGGCGCAUAUCGCUUCUGGAAGCAGCAGAAUGUGGUGGCUCUGGGGACAGUGUAUGCGGGGGGGUGGGAGCUGAACUGUAUUGGUGUUUUGAUUGGGUUGAUCAUUUUGACGACCUUCAUUCUGUCCCUGAUUAUUACGGUCGAGUUGAAGCAUGACGAUAACUAG